CUUCUGCCCACCAUGGCCUCUUCAAAAUCUGAACAAGCAUAUAUUCAAUCGUCUUUACUGGCCGACCCACCUUUUCGUACUGAUGGAAGGGCCCUUGACGAUUAUAGGCCAAUAGCUCUUGAAACGCAAGUAGCACCUCUGGCAAAUGGUAGCACACGAGUGAGCAUCGGUGGUUCAAGUCUCGUAGCGGUGGGAGGUGGACUACCAGGCACAGAAGUACUCGCAGUGGUCAAAUUGGAAGUGGAGGACAUCGUCAAUGGUGAUGGUGUCGAUGGGGGUCGGAUGGUGUGUAAUGUUUCUUGUUCCUCUGCUGCCUAUCCGAGUCACAACCACAACGCGAUAGAUGAGUUGCAAAACGAAUUAACUAAUAUCCUUCACGAAACCCUGUCCGACCCGACCCUUCGUCCGAAAAACUUGUCCAUCCUUCAUGGCAAGAAGUCCUGGCUCCUGCAUCUCGACCUCUUAAUCCUUUCCGACACUGGUAAUAUUUUAGAUGCCCUCUUCCUUGCGGCGGCAGCUGCUUUGCGUGAUACACGUGUUCCACGAACGCGUUCUGUAGAGUAUCGAGCACGUAAAGAAGGGAAAUUGGCGGUCGACCGAUUAGUUUCAGAAGACGCAACAAUGGCCGACGAGGGUCAAACAAGUGGGCUUGAUACUCGAGCACUACAGAAAGCAACCGAUUUUGAACUGGAAGACUACUGGGAUGAAGGCGAGCUACUGCAAUGCGAAACGCCGUGGCCUUUGUGUAUUACUUUGAAUCUGGUACCUCCGAUACACUAUCUAGACGCAACUUCGAUAGAAGAGGGCGCAACAUCUCUCCGCUUGAUCCUGUUUUUCUCGCUCCAUGAAUCUGGAUCAAUAUUGCAGGGCAUGCGAUUGUUAGGGCCUGGGGAGGUCAACGCGUCUCUUCUCAAAGCUCUCCUACGUCAUGGUGAACGUUACGCUCGCGAGCUUCAGAAAGCGUUAGAUGCCCACUUAAUUAGCAAAACUACGAAACAUCCUUCAAUAUAACAGAAUAUUUG